AUGAUCAACCAUCAGUUAUUGGAAGGCAUCAAGAACAACAUUUCAACAAGGCUUUUCAGCCCCAGACGCCAGCAGAAGCUCCCUACAGGAGGCACUAGCAGCAGUCACUAUACAGACGACACAGAAAAACUGCCUGCAGUGCCUGUUGAAGCAAGGACAGGCUGUGGGACCCACUGCAAGUGGAGAGAGAGGUCGUUAGGAGACAUCUGGUGUGGGUGCUGGGAACUGAACUCUGUGAAUCCUAGAGAAGAGGGGACGCAGGAAGAGGAGUUUGGCAGUCAUUGCAGAGUCUACAUGAGCGCAAAUGACGAAUUGGGAAGGGGAGGUGGUGGUAGAGAAGAGUGGGCAGGUGGUUCACAGUCAUUGUCUCUGUGUGUUUUAAGCCCAGUGAUGCAGGAGCUGUCAUGGAAAUGUACCAGUUUGGGUCAGCAGGCUCCCAAUUAUCUGUUGAUCUCUGCAUUGUAUCCAGUUUUGAUUUUCUGUGAUGGGCUCCAUUUGCUGGAAAGAGAAGCUUCUCUGAUGAGUGGUGCUAGCUACAAUUAUCUGAUAUUUGAGGGUGUAAGGGUAUUUCCAGUAAGGACACUAAAGAGACAAAUCUUUAUCUUUUUAAAUAUGGCCUUAGUUUCUAGAGUCCUUGGGUCUCGAUGGUUUCCUAAAACUCUACCUUGUGAUGUCAAUCAAGAUAGCACAAUGCACUAUGUGGCCGUGGACUGCACAGACAAGCAUUUGACGGAAAUCCCUGAGGGCAUUCCCACUAACACCACCAACCUCACCCUUACCAUCAACCACAUACCAAGCAUUUCUCCAGACUCCUUCCGUAGGCUGACCCAUCUGGAAGAGAUCGAUUUCAGAUGCAACUGUGUACCUAUUCUACUGGGGUCCAAAGUCAAUGUGUGUACCAAGAGGCUGCAGAUUAGACCCAGAAGCUUUAGUGGACUCUCUGACUUAAAAGCCUUGUAUCUGGAUGGAAACCAACUUCUAGAGAUACCUCGGGAUCUUCCAUCCAGCUUACAGCUUCUGAGUCUCGAGGCCAACAAUAUCUUCUCCAUCACAAAGGAGAAUCUAACAGAAUUGUCCAACAUUGAAGAACUCUACCUGGGUCAAAACUGUUAUUAUCGCAAUCCUUGCAAUGUUUCUUAUUAUAUCGAAAAGGAUGCUUUCCUCGUUAUGAGCAAUUUAAAAGUUCUCUCACUGAAAGAUAACAACGUCACAGCUGUCCCCACCAUUUUGCCAUCUAGUUUAAUAAAACUCUAUCUUUAUAACAACAUCAUUACAAAGAUCCAAGAAAACGAUUUCAACAACCUCAACCAAUUGCAAAUUCUUGACCUAAGUGGAAAUUGCCCUCGCUGUUACAAUGUCCCAUAUCUGUGUACACCGUGUGAAAAUAAUUCCCCUUUACAGAUCCAUGACAAUGCUUUCGAUUCAUUGACAGAAUUAAAAGUUUUACGUCUGCACAGUAACUCUCUUCAGCAUGUGCCUCAAGCAUGGUUUAGAAAGAUGAAAAACCUCCAAGAACUAGACCUCUCCCAAAACUACUUGGCCAAAGAAAUCGAGGAGGCCAAUUUUUUGCAUUCUCUCCCCAACCUUGUCCAGUUGGAUUUGUCUUUCAAUUAUGAGCUGCAGGUCUACCAUGCAUCUAUAACUUUACCAGAGUCACUCUCAUCCCUGAAAAACUUAAAAAUUCUGCAUAUAAAAGGCUAUGUCUUUAAAGAGCUAAAAAACUCUAGCCUUUCUGCAUUGCGCAAGCUUCACAGUCUUGAAGUUCUUGACCUUGGCACUAACUUCAUAAAAAUUGCUGACCUCAACAUAUUCAAACAGUUUAAAAACCUCACACUCAUAGACCUUUCGAUGAAUAAAAUAUCCCCUUCUGAAGAGCCAAGGGAAGUUGGCUCCUGUCCUAAUGCCAGAACUUCUGUAGACCACCAUGGGCCCCAGGUCCUAGAGACCUUGCAUUAUUUCCGGUAUGAUGAAUAUGCACGGAGCUGCAGGAACAAAACCAAAGAGUUGCCUACUUACUUACCUUUGAAUGAAGGCUGCCACACAUAUGGGCAGACCUUAGACCUAAGUAGAAAUAAUAUAUUUUUUAUCAAGCCCUCUGAUUUUCAGCAUCUUUCAUUUCUUAAAUGCCUCAACUUGUCAGGAAACACCAUUGGCCAAACUCUUAAUGGCAGUGAACUCCAGCCCUUAAGAGAGCUGCGAUACUUAGACUUCUCCAACAACCGACUUGAUUUACUCUACUCCACAGCCUUUGAGGAGCUCCACAAACUGGUAGUUCUAGAUUUAAGUAGCAACAGUCACUACUUUCAAGCAGAAGGAAUUACUCACAUGCUGAACUUCACCAAGAAACUACGGUCUCUGAAGAAACUCAUGAUGAAUGACAAUGACAUCUCUACCUCUGCCAGCAGGACCAUGGAAAGCGACUCUCUUGAAGUUCUGGAAUUUAGAGGCAACCAUUUGGAUGUUCUAUGGAGAGACGGUGAUAACAGAUACUUGGCCUUCUUCAAGAAUCUGUUGAAAUUGGUGGAAUUAGAUAUCUCCAGGAAUUCGCUGAGUUCCUUGCCUCAUGGGGUGUUUGAGGGUAUGCCACCAAAUCUAGUGACCCUCUCCUUGGCAGAAAAUGGUAUCAAACAUUUCCCUUGGGAUAAACUCCAGCUACUGAAACAUCUACAAAAUUUGGACCUCAGCCACAACUUGCUGACGACUGUCCCUAAGAGGUUAGCUGACUGUUCCAAAAAUCUCACGAAACUGAUUCUUAAGCAAAAUCAUAUUAAGCAUUUGACAAAUUACUUUCUAGAAGAUGCUUUUCAGUUGCGUUAUCUAGACCUCAGUUUAAAUAAGAUUCAGGUCAUUCAGAAGACUAGCUUCCCAGAAAAUGUCCUCAAUAAUCUGAAUAUGUUGCUCUUACAUCGCAAUCACUUUUUGUGCAAUUGUGAUGCUGUAUGGUUUGUCUGGUGGGUUAAUCAUACAGAUGUUACUAUUCCUCACCUGGCCACUGAAGUGACUUGUGCGGGACCAGGAGCACACAAAGGACAGAGUGUCGUAUCCCUGGAUCUGUAUACGUGUGAGUUAGAUCUCACGAACCUGAUUCUGUUCUCAGUUUCCAUUUCUUCAGUCCUCUUUUUGAUGGUAGUUAUGACAACAAGUCAUCUCUUUUUCUGGGAUAUGUGGUACAUUUACUAUUUCUGGAAAGCCAAGAUAAAAGGCUACCAGCGUCUGCAAUCCAUGGAGUCUUGCUAUGAUGCUUUUAUUGUGUAUGACACUAAAAAUUCAGCUGUGACGGAGUGGGUUUUGCAGGAGCUGGUGGCUAAACUGGAAGAUCCAAGAGAGAAACAUUUUAAUUUGUGUCUAGAGGAAAGGGACUGGCUACCAGGACAGCCAGUUCUAGAAAAUCUUUCCCAGAGCAUACAGCUCAGCAGAAAGACAGUGUUUGUGAUGACCCAGAAAUACACGAAGACUGAGAGUUUUAAGGUAGCCUUUUAUCUGUCCCAUCAGAGGCUCAUAGAUGAAAAAGUGGAUGUGAUUAUCUUGAUAUUCUUGGAGAAGCCUCUGCAGAAAUCUAAGUUUCUUCAGCUCCGGAAGAGACUCUGUGGGAGUUCUGUCCUGGAGUGGCCUUCAAAUCCACAGGCUCACCCAUACUUUUGGCAGUGUCUGAAAAAUGCUCUGACCACAGACAAUCACGUAGCUUAUAGUCGGGUGUUCAAGGAAACAGUCUAG